AUUUAUCGAAUAUUUAUCAGUGGUGUUGCUGUGAGCGUAUAAUGUAUAUAUUUUGCGUUAUACCGUAUAGGAGAAUAUAAUAGUAUAUUAUUAUAUUGUACUGUACUGCUCGUCGGACUCGGAAGUCAUUCCACCAAAUUUACAAAAGAGUUUGGGAUCAACGUUGGCGGUGUAAUGAUGGUAUUGCGUUAGGGCGGGUGUUACGGAAGUGUAGGUAUUUCGCAUGACCCACUAAAAAACUAACACGGUCAUGUCCAGCAACUGAGGACUGCGUUAUGAACUGUCAUCAGAUAUUGAGUGGCGCCUGCAACGCAGGUGACCGAUGCUUCGCCGUUGGUAGUGUAGAAGGAGUGCCGUUCACAGCGUAUGCUGCCGGAUGCAACAUAGUGAUAUUGGCUAGUACCUUUGAGCGAGUGCAAAUCAUACCUGGUGCCAUACACAAUUAUAUUCGCAUCAGUUGCCUCGACUGUUCUACUGACACUGGAAAAAUAGCUGCGGCUUAUGACAAUCAGAUAUGUGUGUUUGAACCUACACCGUUAGUUUGCAAAAACUCUCCUCAUCAAUUAGACUAUAAAUGGGUAGAAACAGCUAGCUGGCAAACUGCUUGCCGAAUUAGUUGUUUAUCAUGGAAUCUAGAAGGUACUCGGUUACUCACAGGAGGUAUUGUUUUACAACUUUGGCAUCAACAUUUACCUGAAGGGCCCAUAGAAGAAAACACUGGAAUUUCUAGUGAUGGAGUUACAUUUGAAAUUGGUGAAGAAGCUAUACCAAUGUCAACAUCAGCACCUGAUCACAAUGAAAUUCGAGGUUGGGAAUGUGUUUGGCAAAAAGAAACAGCCACUCCUGUUGUACAUAUAGCAUUUUCUCCUGAUGGAACUUUGUUUGCUACUGCUGGCAAAGAUGACAGACUAGUCAAAAUUUGGUUUGAAAAUAAACAACUACUUUUCCCAUCAAAAAGCGUUGAUCAAAAUUAUUCAAUGAGUGCAAUUUCUAAUUUUGGAGAACCAAAUUACGGUUUUGUAUAUAUAGCUCAUCCUCGAGCUGUAACUCAACUAUCGUGGAGAAAAACUAGCAAAUAUAUGCCAAAAGGUUCUGUUUCUAACAUGUUAGUAACAUCAUGUAGAGAUAAUAUUUGUCGUCUCUGGUCUGAAACUGUGUUACCUGAUGACGGAUUGGUAAAUAUGAGUCAUUUUGAUCCAUUGGCUGCUCAUAAUCCUCGAUUUCGCACCCAUAGACACAAACAUAGACUUCUUCAACGUCUUAAACAUAUGAAAGCUUGUUUUCAUAUAAGAAGACAUGCUAAACAUCAAGGAGACUUGGGAACAGGAUUAGCUGGCAGCACAAGUUCCACUAUACCUACUUUACCAUCUACUUUCAGUGUGCAUGAUUUUCACAGCUAUGGUUUUCACGGCACCGGUAUCAUUCCUGGACUUCAUUUUCAUUUGGCUGCUAGUAUAAAUGCUGAAACAGAUAUUCCAUUAGUGCCUAGUUUAUCAAGUACUGAUCCUGAAAGAGAGCCUAAUUUUGUUUUACAUUGGCUUAAUAAUAAAGAAAUGCACUUUUCACUUCAGGCUGAAGCAAUUUUAAACGAACUUACUAAAAAAGUCGUAGAAAAGGAUGAUAUACUCAUAAAUGAAAACUAUGUGAUAUCAGAACAUCACGAUGUUGAUUAUGAUACGAGACGUAAACCAAACAAACUUGGCAAAGGAAUUUCUCAAGAAGAAAGUAUAAGUGAUGAACAUAGCUAUCCGUCUAGUCAUCCUACUCUAAGCAAUACAACUUCUGUCAACUCACUCACAACUGAUACCAAUCACAUGGCCACUGAUUCUUUAGAUAAUAAAAUAGAAUGUCUAUUACGAGACUGGCACCAUAGCCCGGAUUUGUUAUUUGCUGUUCAUCCUAUUGAUGGAAGUUAUUUGAUUUGGGUGGUUGAUUGGUUAGAUGAAUAUCAUCCUGGAUCAUUUAGACAAGCUCAGGUUUCUUUUUCAACAAGAAUACCUAAUGCUUUUCCUCUCGGAGAUGCCACUACGAUGUCACAUAACGUAUGUUUGUAUCAUACAUCUGGAUCGAGUUUACAAUUAGCUUUCAGAGAUGUAGUUAAAACUGCUGCUGCAGCGCCAAGCAGAUCUCCUAGUGACGCACAUGCUACAAAUAACGAUUAUGGUGAAUCAAGUCUUCCUAGAGUACUAGAAGAAGAUGGAGAUUCUUUAGGUGAUGAUAUUGAUCGUCAAAAUGAAUCAUCAGUUGAGCCAUCAUCAUUGACUGAAAAUGGAAAACCUGGUAGAGCAACACCAUCUGUAGGUGAAGACUCUGGAACUUUUAACGAUAUAAUAUCUGCGCCUCCAUGUCCCACUUUAUCAAUGGUUACAAAACAUACUAAUGGAACACUUAAUUUAUGGCAACUUACUUUUGCUGAUAAGUCUAAAUUCUCACAAGUCCUAAGCAUUGGUCAUGCUUCACGAGCUUCUGGACAUCGUUUCCGAGUAAACGAUGUAACCUGCCACCCAGUGUUACCUCUGUUACUAACAACAUCUCAUCACAAUCUACCUGAUCAAGAGACCCCUGCUUCCCCUUUAUCGCCAUACCCACCUAUAGCUCAACCACCUUCAGGAUUUUGUAGUGAACUUAUACUUUGGAGAGUGGAUGCUGUUGGUCCUCUUUCAAAAUCUGGUGGUGUUUCAGAACUCGCCCGCAUCAAUUCUCUUCAAAUAUCAGCGUUUUCAAAUGUCGCUUGGAUACCAACUUUAUUACCGAGCACCACUUUGGGUACAUUAUCAAAUUCUCCAAGUGCCUGUUUCGUGGCUUCAGAUGGAGAAUGUUUACGUGUUUAUCAAGCAGUUAUAGAUGCUAGAACUUUAUUAGCUGAAGUAUCUAGCUCAGAACACCGUAGUCGAAUAGCUGCUGACUCCAUGGUAAGCUUGUCAACUGAUGUUUCUUCUGAAACGGAAUUGAAGCAUAAUUCAUUACAUGAUCGUAUCAAAAUAGUAUCUCAACAGUCGACUGCUAGACCUGGAUGCAUUAUUCAACUUGAUGCAAUAUCUGAUGCGACUCAUGAUUGGCAAAAUACCCAAUUUUUGCAUGUAUUUCAAGAACAGUUAAUGACUGGGGAACGAUCAUCUGGUAGAGGUUUAGUAGAUGCAAUCAGUGGUUUAGAAAAUGAGGAGCCCGAUGAAGAUUUUGAAGAACCGUUUUAUUUAGUUGUCCUUGAACGUACUGUUCAAGGUACAACAGUUCAUAUGUGGCGUUUAAUAAUAGCUUCUCAGCCAGAAAAUAAUCCUACUUUAAGUGAAAGUAUGAUGUAUGUACCUGACAGUCAGUUAGUACAAGAUGACGAUGAGAUGGAUAAUACCGGAAAAUUAGGUACAGCUCAUUUAAGUGGAGACGAAACCACACAUCAAACUUUUUCAGCGUUUGCCCCACAUGUAUCAAUAUCUACAACAAAAAUUUGUACACAAGAAUUAAAUUUACCCGAUGGAGUGGAUGUAAUUCAUGCGUCUCCAGCUGGAGGACACCUAAGUUCUGCUUCCAUUUAUCCGGCUUGUUUUGCACCAUAUGUGUUUGUUACAGCAUGUUCUGAUAGCACUAUAAGGUUUUGGAAGUGUAAAAUUACCAAAUUUGAUAAUAAUGUUAGCUAUCAAUGGGUUGAGUGGGAAAUGUUAAAAAGAGAUAGAAAAUCCAUGAUCGAAAUAUCAGGUCAACCUUUGAAUAUAAGUGCAGCUUAUAGUGGUCGUAUUGCGUGUGCUUAUAAAUAUGGCAAGUCAUUCACUCGACCAUCCAAAAAAGACCCAGAAUCAAGAUAUGUAAACUUAUGUGUAGCAAUUUAUGAGUGUGAAAGUACUGGUGGUUCAGAAUGGUUACUUGAAGACACUAUACACAUGAAAAAUAUUCAUUUGCCUAAACUUCAUAUUGACCCUAGUGUAGAUAUGACUUAUUUACAUGAUCAAACUAUAUUAUCAUCUAAAAAACACAAAUUACAGUCUACAGUUUUAAAAGCUCUAUCAUCAGAAGAUUUAGAUGGAACAAGUGGCCGAAAUAACGGUAGAAAUGGUGAAAAUGAUACAAACUUAGUCAAAAGCAGUCAUGGUUUAUUAGCUGUUCCAAGUUUUAGUACUCUUCAAUCACUUAGAAAAUCGAUUAUUGAGAAUGGUAACACAUGUCCAUUAACACAAAAACAUAUAGUUCAGUUAGACUGGGUAUCUAAAGAAGAUGGUUCUCAUAUACUCACUGUUGCUGUUGGUAGUAAAAUCAUGUUAUUUACACCUGUGUCAAGUGAUUUAGCUCAAGCUAACAUGAAAGCAAUGAAGGAGUCUCAAUCAGUGAACCGUCCUAUUUUACGAAAAGCAUCCUCAUUAGCUUCACCCAGUUUUGUGGAUGAAAUAAGGUGGAUGAAAUUGAGAAAAAUUGAUCUCACAACUGCAGACGGCUUACCUCCACUCCCAAUGCAGAUGUCUUGGGUCCGUGAUGGUAUACUAGUUGUUGGUAUGGACAGUGAGAUGCAUGUGUAUUCACAAUGGAAACCAAAUUCAUUAGAUAUACAGAAAAAUACCAUGCCAUGUUGUAAGCUGGUGCACCAAGAAUCAGAUGAACUUCAAGAUACUAGAAAUCUUAGAGACGAAGAUCUCAGGACAUUAGCUCAUGAAACCUCUCAAAGACGGUUAGCCAAUGUAAGUUCAAUGCCACAUUUAUCUCGUGUAAGUUCAAUAAACUUGAACAUGUUAACUGCUGAAACUAAGAAAAAGAAAUUUGGUAUUCAAAGUGGUGAUUCUACUAGUAAUAUGGAUUCUUAUAUGCCUGAUUAUGGUCUCUUUGAAGCCAGUCGUAUAGCUUGUCCAGUUCUUCCUCAAUAUCACCCUAAACAAUUAAUGGAACUUUUAAACUCAGGAAAAAUUCGAUGGGUAAAAGCUAUUUUAGCCCAUCUUGUCAGAUGUAUAUCGACAACAUGCAGCGUAAGACAAGGAGCUGUAGUAUGUUCUUAUUCAGAAGAAGAUAACCUUACUCGUCAACGAGGAUGGUCUCGAUCAAGAACAUUAUCAAUGAGCUACCCUGGAAAUGCAACAAGUCCUUUGGAACCUAGAGGAUCAACUACAGCAAUUCCUGAAGAGCUCAUGUUAGAUUAUGCUGAAAUAACAUCUAUUCCACCACUACCUUUAUGGACGCUAUUAGCAGCUGACAAAGAAAAUGCUAGUACAGCUCUUAAAUUAGCUGAAGACGAUAAAGAUUAUAAUGAACUUUUCAAUGGAAAUAUUUCAACAUCAGAAGACAAUCUAGAUGAUAUAUUGAAUGAUGUAUCCGAACCAGGAAGUCCACAUAAAAGUGAACGUAGAUUAUCUAAUGUUACAGAGAAACAACAAUGCUUAUUAUCACAUUUUGGACCAAAACAAGGGCAAUUAUUGUCUCGUUUAUUAACUCAUACACAUUUGCCAGGGUUAUCCAGCUUAGAUCAAAUGCAUUUACUAGCUCUUGCUGAUACAGUAUCUACUUGUAACACAGAUUUUGCUGAUCGAUUUGUUGACAAAACACAAUUUACAAAAGAUAGUUCAGUUCCGCACGAAGGUGAAGUUUGCUCAGAUUCACUAGAUGACUGCGGUCUCAGAUUCUUGUUAGCAAUGAAACAUUACAAUUACUUGUUAAGAUGUUUGGGUGUAGCUCAGCGUACACAAUUCCAAAAAAGAGGAAUGUGUUCAGCUGAUAUAGCUUGGGCAUUUCAUUCUGAGAGUGAAGAAGAAUUAUUACAACUUACUCCAUCUUAUGUAAGAGGCAACCCACGGUGGUCAGCUUUAAAAGAGUUAGGUGUCGGUUGGUGGCUAAGAAAUCAAACUUUGUUGCGAACUUGUAUUGAAAAGAUUGCAAAAGCUGCUUAUCAGUUAAACCAAGAUCCAUUAGAUUCAGCUAUAUUUUAUCUUGCAAUGAAAAAGAAAUCAUUAGUUUGGGGUCUAUUUCGAUCUAAGAGGGAUGAACGUAUGACUCAGUUCUUCUCUAAUAACUUUGCAGAAGAUCGCUGGCGGAAAGCUGCAUUAAAAAAUGCAUUUGCUCUUCUUGGUAAGCAACGAUUUGAACAUGCAGCCGCAUUUUUCCUGCUAGCUGGAGCACUUCGGGAUGCAAUUGAGGUGUGUUUGAAUAAAUUGGAUGACUUACAACUAGCCAUGGUUAUAGCACGUUUAUAUGAAGGUGAAAUCGAUUCUACACCGCCUAAUUUAAAACGUCUUUUAUAUGAGGAAAUUCUUGGUUGCGAUCAGAAUGGGGAAAAUCAAAAGCUAUCAAUGGCUAAUCCCGAUCCAUUCUUACGAUCAAUGGCCCUUUGGAUACUUAAGGAUUUUACUGGAAGUCUAAAUACUUUAGUCCAAACAAAUGUUGGUACUAUGCAUCCAUUAUAUAAUGAUGAAGAAAAACAAGAAACUUCAGCUGCAAAUCCUAAUGUGUUUAAUUUUUAUGUUUAUCUUCGAACACAUCCAUUAUUAAUUAGACAUUAUUUAGCAUCCACAUAUCAAGAUAAGAAGAAUCAUACAGUUGUUCUUGCUGGAUUUAGCUAUGGAUCUGAUGCGAAAUGUAGAGAAACUUCAGACCGACAGUUGAUGCUGGAAGAUUCUAUAUCUCCGUUGGAAAGACAGUUGUAUUUCAAAACGGCUCAUGCUCAUUUCAAAGCGGGUUGUCCAGCUCUUGCUCUAGAAGUUUUGUCCAAGCUGCCAAGCAAAAUAAUGGACCCAUCAACUGAGUCAAAUAGUUUAGUGAGCACACCUACUCGUAACCGAGACAUUCAAAUUGAUACUGGUAUAUUGACCUGGGAAGCAGAACAUAUUAAGCUAACAGAGGCAGUUAAUUUAAAUGUUUCGGUUACAAAAGCUGUGACGUCAGAUGAAAUUGACUGGUCAGCACCAGUAUUGAAACCUACAGAUGAAUUAGUACUUGAUUGGAGUGAUAAAGAGGAGGAGGAGGAAAAGGAGGAAGAAGAAACUUUUAAGGAUAAACCCAACUUAUUUGUUAAGCAAGAAUCAAUUGAGAGUGAAAAUUCAAAAUCUGAAACAAAAGCAUGUAAUUUGGAUGUUAUGGCUCAACAACUCAAAUUUGUAGCAUGCUUGAAAAUAUUGAUGGAAGAAUUAUCCACGUUGGCAACUGGCUAUGAGGUGGAUGGUGGAGAAUUAAGAUAUCAUUUAUAUUUGUGGCUUGAAAGGGAAGUUGAUGCGUUGAGACACUUGUGUAACUAUAGCUCGAAAGAUUCAUUAAUUAUUCAGUAUGAAGGAGGUCUUGAAACUUCUGUUUUGGAUAAUCGUGAAUUCUCUGCUACGCCUACACUAAAGAACUCUACUGAAAAACCUACUUUGCACGAUAUACUUCUAGCUGAAAAAAUUGAUUUUGAAGCUAAAGUUGCAAGAGCUGCGAGAAGGAAAAAAUGGCUUAAAGAAAAUGAAACCCUUUUGAGAACUCUGCUAAGUUACUGUAGCUUACAUGGUGCCGGUGGAGGGGGAUUGGCAUCAGUUCGAAUGGAGUUAGUACUUUUAUUGCAAGAAUUACAACAAGAAAAAACGCAACAACAAUUAUUGUCUCCAUUGCCUUUCCCCACUACACUACCACUGUUGUCUGCAAGUGUAGCUUGUAAUAAGACUGUAAUAGCAGAUCCUGUCCGGUACCUCCAAGCUCAAGCACAUGAUAUGCUUCAAACAGUUAUCGACAUACGAAAUCCUCCCUUACUAACACGUAUGGAUUUGAGCGAAUUGUUUGUACUGCGUGACCUGUCAGUGGCUUUGUCAGCCUGUUUUUAUCAGUCACUAUGUGAUAGUGAUACAAUAGCUGAGAGUUAUCAGGCUGGAGCUGAAAAUCCUACUUAUUGUAGCCAUCUUAUUGCAGCUAAAAAUAGAAAGCGCCGUUAUAGCGUAGAUGAACCAAUCAAGGUCACUACUCCACCAUCCAAAUGGCCUGGAGUUUCAAGCUUGCGUGCAUUAUUGGCCCACGAAAAAGAUGAAGAUGCUCCCAAACUUAAUACAUUAUUAUGCGAGGCUUUUGUUGCAACUUAUAUGGGUUUGUUAGUGUAUGCAUUUGCUACAUGCGACUGUCACAUAUUGUACAGGCUAGUCGGCCAGAAGUUUACUGAGAUGACAUGGAGUGCACUUUUUGGUGGAGGAGUAAAAAAGUUGUUAAAAGUGGCACCAACUGCUCCAAAAAGUCGGCCUAAUAGUUUGGAGCGUGAAAAUAGUAAUAGCAGUGACACGGGAGUGUGGACGGCAGUAACAAGCUUAACAAAACAAAAAGUGCGUUUGAAUAUGAAACUGUUGGGCCAAUUUGUGGGCUCUCCAGGUACACCUAGCAUAAAAGAAGAUAAACCAACAUAUCGAGAACACUUUGUACCACCUGAAAUGUCAAUGAUUUCUUAUUUCUUGAAUAAACCUAAUUUGGCAUCUGAAGUACAAGAUGUAGAUUACGACUCUGCAGAUAGUGCUGUAUCUGAUUUAUCUGAAGAUGAAGAUGAGGAUGGUGAUGUUUUUGAUAGUGGACAAGACGCUAAAAGUAAAGCUGGCAAAGUUGAAAAUACAGAACAUUCAAAUCCCUACAGUUAUGCUUGGAUGGUAAUGAGGUUAGCAAUAAUGCAAUUAGUUCAAGAACAACUUCAUGGGUUCCUUACAGUAGCGGCUAUCGAUCUACAAGAAUUGCCAGUUAGUAGUCCACUCAUUCAUGGUAUUCUAAGGGUGGUUAGUCAAUGGCAAGAGAUUCUAAAAGAAGAACUAGAAUCUAAAGGUCCUCCUCCAAUUGAUUACAUACCGGGGUGUUACGUUGAACAAGCGUCUACUGGUCCUCCAAUUAAUAAAUACAGAACACUUUUAGACAAAACAAACACUCCAUUCCACCCACGACAUUGGUCAGCAGCUCCAGCUCGCCGGUUAUGGAACUAUUUAGUACGCCAAGAACUUGUCCAAGAUCUAUUUAUUCGAAGUAUAUUCAGUCGUCAACCUCGUGCUGCUGGAAGUUCUACAUUGCCAACAAUGAGUCAAGAUGUAAAAUCGUGUUCCGGAAGUGAAACACCCAGUCAACAUUUGCCUGACCCUGUACGAAUAAUUCACAAAGAACAAGAUUCAAUAUCGGCUUUCUGCCUAAAUUUGGCAAAUAGCAGUCUUCUCGCAUUAGCAACACCUCGUGAAAUACAAGAAAUGGAUAUUUCAUUGCUUCUUGAAUCGCCUUCAUGGUUAGAAGACGAAUGUGAAUUUGAUCUUGUUAAUUUAUCUCGGGAUCAAGAGCAUCAGCCAUCAAGUUUUUUGGUAAUUCAGACAUCAGUUGAUAGGCCUCUUCAAACGUCUCCCGGUACAACUGUCAUUGUGAACCCCAUGCCAACCAGUCCAAGUGUAACAGGCUUAGCGGGUCAAACAGGACGAGGCGCUUCUGUGGUACAGCAAAAGGGCACACAAGGUUACAGCGACGGAGGGACGAGAGCAAUAAAAAGCUCAAAAAAUAUUAUGUCGAUGAAGGGACUGAAUUUCCCUGGUUGUCAUGACCCACGUUUCUGUCAGUUUGUCUGUGACCGCAGUCGAAUCCUGCUCAGACCGGUGAUGAAGCACCGCAUUGACAACAUUCGAAGAAUAUGUCCUCAUCCAUUAUUGCCAGUUUAUUUGACUGGUUCACAAGACGGUUCAGUACACAUUUGGGAGUGGGGUCAUCCCCAGACAGUGGCUGAACCACGUUCAGCUGGUACGUUUGCUAAAGUUACAAGAGUACGGUUUUCUCAACAUGGUAAUAAAUUUGGAGUAGCUGAUGGUGAUGGAAAUCUGUCAUUAUUUAAUGUGGGUCUGACGUCAUCUAAUUAUAGGCCAUUUUAUACAUUCCAAUGUCAUAAUAAAGUUACCAGCGACUUUGUAUUCCUCGGUUCUUGCAGUUUGAUUGCUACGGCAGGCCAUUCAUCUGAAAACAGAAAUGUUGCUUUGUGGGAUACACUAUUGCCACACAAAAAAUCUUUAGUUACAGCAUUUAUGUGUCACGAGCAAGGUUCAACAUGUAUAGGAUUUGCUCCGCAGCAUCAAGUGAUAGUUACCGGCGGCCGUAAAGGUGACAUAUGCAUAUUUGAUGUACGUGGUGGAAGUGGUUCAAUAAAACAUCGCUACCAAGGACACGAUUCGAGUCUAAAAUGUAUGACUAUUGAUCCUCAUGAACAAUUUUACUGUACUGGAGCUGCAGAUGGUGAUAUAAAAAUAUGGAAUUUGUCCACUCAUCAGCUAAUGUACACGUUCCCUGCAGAACAUGCUCGUUCAAGUUUCUUUAAACACAUUGGUCAAGGGGUCACUCAACUGCAAGUGGAUUCAUCAGCACGUCUAUUCUCUUGUGGUGCUGAUGGUUCAAUGAAAGUUAGACAACUGCCAGAUAGGUAUCAUUAAUUAAGAGUUGUAAUUCGAUAUGAUGAUAAUAUUAAGAAUAUUUCUAUUUACAAAAUGGCACUAGUCACAAAAAAUAUAAUAACAUUGUAGGAAGUCAUUGCUUUUUAGAUAAACUUCUAUUAAUACCCUAUGUUUAAACUAUAUGAAGAUAAAUAUUGAGUAUCUAUAGUGAUUACUAUAACAUUUAUUAGGAAAUUUUAGUAAUAUGUAUUUGAAUACACCACCAUAAUAAAUAUUUAUUUAAUAAUUCUAGAUUUUGUUUUAAUUAUCUUCAAAACGUGCAAUAAUAAGGCAUAUAAUAUAAAUAUAUACAUAUAUAUUUUACUUUAAUUUUUACACAAUAUUCGGUAGCU